CACCCUGUGACAGUGCCUCGGCUCGUGGCAGUGACAGCACUGACCGCGACUGAAGCAGGUCCUCACUCCACCAUCCACGUCUGGGUAGAUAAGAUGGCUGACGUAGAGCUGGUGAAGAGGAUGCUGCGGGCCGUCCUCCAGGCCCACAGAGGCGGAGUGUCGCUGUCCCGUCUGCAGUUAGAGUACAAAGAGCUGACCGGGGAGCAGAUACCACACAAACAGAUGGGACACAACCACCUGGAUGCACUGCUAGCCAGCAUGCCCUCUGUAGUGCGCACAGAGCGCAGCCGCUCUGGAGAGGUGGUGUGUUUUGCCUCAGAUGCCCAUGAGACAGCCCACAUAGCGAAGGUGGUGGCUCGACAGCGCAGCUCCAAGAAGACAGGCCGACCCCACCUGGUCAACACCCAGAUGAGGGUCAAACCGGCCGCCCCACUCGUCCUCAAUGCCAAACCUCAAACGUCUCUGAGGCAACCGAACUACGGCAGGGGAGGCGGGGGUAGAGGAGGUGGCGGCGGCCGGGGGGGCGGCCAUGGAGACUUCAGACAGGCGAGGGACCUGAGGGACGGCCAGUCAGAGGGCAGGACUGGGGCGCACUCGAGCAAAAUAUAUUGGAACACGGCCAACAGGAAGGGGAACCCACCUGCCGAGAAAUCCGACCUGAGGAUGACCCUCUCGUCACGGUUUCAGAAGGAGGUGCACGCUCACCUUUCUAGAAACUCCCAACAGACCGGCCCAUCCUUUAAUCUAAACGAGAGUCUCCACUCGGGGAAAGGAAAGCUCUACAAUCCUCAGCAGGUCCAGGGUCGCAUCGGGGAGAUUCUGGGGAAGUACAGUAACGGGUUCUGGGUGUCAAAGCUGCCUCAGCUCUACAGGGAGCUGUAUAAACAGGACAUGCCCACUGAGGCCAUCAAAGACUUGGAGACCUGGACACACAUAUGCACUGUCGAGAAAACCUGCAGCAGCAACCCAUCAGAGUUGCUCCUCUACCCUGCCAAGGAGCAGACCACCACCACCUCCUCCACUCCACCCAUUCUUAACUCCACCUCUGCCCCCGCGGCAAAUUCAAACACCCCGACAGACAAACCUGCGCAGUCCCCCACCCAGAAGACGACCCCCAGCACCCACCCGACUCGCUCUGGCUCCUGCUCUCCCCAGACUACACCGUCGUCCCCCAGUCCUCCCUCCUCCCCCGCCACCCUCAGCCCCGAGCUGAAGCUGAAACUGGAGGAGCUGCUGGUGAAGUACUCCAACGGCCUGUGGGCCCACGCUUUGCCCAAGCUCUUCCUGGACACGUACAAGUUCAAACUGCCCGGACACGUCCUGGAGAACCUUCACCUCCUCUCCGACAUCUGCACCGUCGACUUCCCGAUGCCCGACAACCCGAAGAGGGCCAUCUUGUACAAGGGGGGUAGCGGUUGUGGUGAUGGUGGUGGACGAGAAGAGGAUGAGAACUGUAAUAGGAGGAACUCCUCCGCCAGCGAGGAGGAGGAGCUGGGGAGGCGGCUCAGUAACCACGUGGUGCCCUUUCUGCAAAUACCCAAAGAGGAGUACCCCUCUGUGCUCGUGGUGGAGGCCACCCACACCAAUGGCGUUAUCAUCAGGUACAUAGGUGAGGGUUACUCCCAGGCCCAGGAGUCCAUGGAAGAUGAAAUGAGGGCGUUUUACAGCGUGGGCCAAAGAAGUCCGACUCCAUUGUCGUCUCCUUCCUCUGGUCAACUGGUUGCUGUCAGGGCCGAAGAGGAGGAGGAGGAGAUCCUGAGGGCGCAAGUCUGUGAGGUCAUGGCUGACAAGGUCAAGGUGCACUAUGUGGAUCAUGGCUUCUCAGAAGUGAUCAGAAAAACCAAAGUGUUUGAGCUGCAUGAGAAGUUUUUCCAUCUGCCUUUCCAGGCGACCAAAUGUAAACUAGCAGGUCUGGAGCCAUUCUCUCAGGAGCCUGCUGUGCUGAAGAAGUUUGAGGCAAUAGCGAGUGGAAAGAUCCUCUUGGCAGAGAUCCUGGAGAGAGGGCGGACCCCCGUCGUCGUCCUGUACGACAUGUCGCAGGACGACGACGUCAACAUCAACGCGGCCUGUGUGAAAGCCCUGCAGGACAAGACGCUCGCCAGCCCGUUACAGGUGAACACCACUUAUAUGAACGUGACUGUCAGAAGCGUCUGCUCCGACGGGACCGUCUACUGCCAGCUGCCCUCCAGAGGUCUCGCCAAGCUGAACGAGACCCUGGAGAACAUAGAGACGUACUUCCACUCACAGGUGACUUCAGAGUUCUUGGUGUCUCGACCCUUCUGUGGGAAACGGUGUCUGGCUCGCUACAAAGGGAAAUGGUCCCGUGUGGAGAUCUCCAACCUGCACGGCAGCAGAGUGCUCGACAUCUUCUUCAUCGACGUUGGCGUCCAGGCGUCUGUCGAGGUGUUUGAGCUGAGGGAGAUCCCGCCGCCAUUCCUACGAGACCUCAUGGCCAUCCCGCCACAGGCUGUGAAGUGCUGUCUGGCUGACCUGGCGGUCAGCGUUGGAUCCUGGACUCCAGACGCUGUCCAAUGGCUUCGAGAGAAAGUGCUCAACACCACCAACUGCAGCAUGAAGGUGGCCAAGGUGGAUGAAGCCAAGCGCUGCGUCUACGUCCACCUCUUCACCGACAAGAACUUCCACGACCAGGCCCGCAGCCUCAACCACCAGAUGGCCCAGUCCGACCUGUUCAAACAGCACCCGGAUGUUUUCCUGACGAGUCACAGUUCUGCCAAGAUCUUCCCGAGCACUUUAUCCCCCAAAACUCCCAAAACGGGUGACUACACCAACGGGAAUCCAACGUCGACCUCUUCCCCGGCCAAGCCUCAUCUCAGGAGGGCUCUCUCGGAACGAGGAAGAGGCCCCAGCCCGCCACAGGCACCAUCACCCCCCUCAGCCUCGCUCCAACUGCCACCAUUACUGGAGCUUCCGCCAGCAGGAAACAACAUGGACGUCUACGUGUCGGUGGCGUGCCACCCAGGCCACUUUGUGCUGCAGCCCUGGAGAGACAUGUACAAGCUGGUGGUGCUGAUGGGAGAGAUGAUUCUCUACUACAAUAAAACGGAGGCGAUGCCAGUGGACAUAGAGAAGAAUCAGAUAUAUGCUGCUAAAGUGCAGAACAGCUGGCAUCGGGUGCUGGUGAAGGGAGUCCUGACCAACGGGUUGGUGUCUGUGUACGAGCUGGACUACGGUAAACACGAGCUGGUCAGCGGCACGCAGCUCAGGCCUCUGAUCAAAGAGUUCAGACAGCUGCCGUUCCAGGGAGUCACGGCCCAGCUGGCUGGCUUGAAGCCGAGGCAGUGGUCAGAGGAAGCUUCCAUCGUCUUCAGGAACCACGUCGAGAAGAAACCCCUCGUGGCCCAGCUGGAGGCCGUACAGGACGCCACGAACCAGUGGGACAGGAAGUUGACGGUCUUCCUGGUCGACACUUCGCAGGAAGAAAGGGACGUCUGGCUGCACGACAUCAUGGCCGACUUUGCUGAUGAGCGGGCCGACGAGCUGGAGGCAACGGGAGAGGAUUGACACGCUGCUCAAUGAAGACGCCGGGAGACGUCGACAGACCACUUAGGAGAAGCUCAUCCGUCUUUAUCGAUGUCGGUCCAAUCCUGCUAUAAAUACUCUAAACAUACCUUCAGCACACAGCCACAAACUGAUGAACGUCUCCAUAAUAUCCCCACACAGCUGCGGGGAGUGACGCAACAUUUUUAUUCCAUUCGCCACAGGGUGUGAAUCCAAAGCGGCGUAUUGCGCAACAGCACCGCGAGUGCAUCCAUAGUGUGUGUGUGUGUGUGUGUCAUCCCGGAUGCCUACACUUUCACCCCUGCCAAUGUGAGCGCCGAGCAAAGUGCACAACGCGUUAGCAUGAGCUCUUCUCACAUUCUAGAACGACUUAAAGACGAUUGUUUAAAAAAAAAAUCAGCUUUUUGAAUCAUUUUCGUGAUCGACACGAAGUUUCCAGAAGUUAGAGCUAACAUUCCCCUGAGAGGAGGAUAGACGGUAGGUAGUUUACACUUUUUGUGUACGCUUAAAUAAAGACUUUUUUUGUUUUUGCAGUUGGUCUCUUUUUAGGAGACGCACGUUGACAGAGUCUCCCGCGCUGAGCGAGCGGGAGCAGACACAGUCCACGGGGUUGGGGCGGAGGUGUUCUCCUGGGGUGAGAUCUGAUUGUACCUCACAUUAGAUAGUUUUUUUUGUGGUGGUGCAUCCUGGUAGAACGGACUACGCUUGGGAUUUUAGAGAGUGCACUGACGCAGAGACUCAGAGCGUUCCUCAGACUUUUUGACUGCAUUGCUUAACCCUCCUGUUGCCUUAGGGUCAUUUUGACCCGAUUAAAUAUUUAACCCUCCCGCCGCCUUAGGGUCAUUUUGACCCGAUUCAAUGUUUCACCCUCCUGUUACCUUUAUAUUUACUAACAUAUUUUACCCUUUGGGUUCAAUUUGACGCCAGCAAUUAAAACUUCCAGAAAAUUAUUAGAAUUAAUAUUGUUUUCCAAGUUUAAGUGUGAGGCACUUUAUGUUUGUUUGUUGACUACCGAAAGAACACCGACAUUAAACAUUGAAUUAACCCUAAGGCGGCAGGAGGAUGUAAUAUUGAUUCGGGUCAAAUUGACCCUAAGGCAACACAAGGGUUAAAGGAGCAGUGACCUCUGACCCCUGACCUUCACCAUCUCUUCUCCUCAUUUGAGAAACUCUCCUUUACUAUUCUGUAUCUUGUCUUACAGCCAGACAUUCAUCCAUCAUGCAGAUCUUUCUUAAUAAUUACAUAUACUUUGAUGAUAUAAUAAUUAAGCUUCUAGAAAAGGAGACGAGCUGUGACGAGCUUAUGAUUGGUUCCUGUGCUUCAAUCAAAUGUGGGAUUUUAUUAUGAAAUGUGUGUUUUUCUUCCGGCACACCUGCAAAUGCUGAAGACAGCUUCAUUGACAUGUUACAUGAAUUUUAUUUAUAUUUAACUUAUGUUCUCUAGAGGAUGAUAAAUGCUUAACUCAUUCCGAUGUUGUUGUUUGACAAUGACCUGGAGGUAAUACAUGACUUGUUAUUGGAAUAAAGUCUGUUUUAAAAGGUUAA